AUGACAGAGGUGCAGAAAGCACAGCUUGCUGCCAAUGCUCUUGUGGCAAAGCUACAGAACGGAGAGGAUGCGAUGGACGAAGCCAAGCACUUCGUGCAGUAUGGAAGCAGCAUCCCCGAUGGCUUGGUGGUGGGGUGCUUCGGCUUGAGGGCGAGAGGAAUCAAGUCCCAGCCAGACGUUUUGGCGUUUCUUCUCGCGCACAAAGGAAAUCCCCAUGCAGAAGAUCCGAUGACCCAAGGACCCGCGAUCCACAGCGCCUGCUGGCACGGAUCCGUAGAGGUCGUGAAAGUUCUCCUGGAGUUCAAGGCGGAUCUGGAGGCAAAGGAGCCUAAGAUGGAGACGCCUCCACUGAACACUGCCAUUGCGGCCGGAAAUGCGCCGGUGUGCCUGGAGCUACUGAAGCGCAACGCCGACGUGCAGUGGAAGCACCACGAUGGUGCGACAGCCCUACAUGUUGCAACAGCCUGGAUCGCAAGCUCUCACAAUUCGGAUCUGCGCAUGCCUCCCACUGGCGAGGAGCCAAGGAAGGUAAUUGCAAUGAUGCUCCACAACGGUGUGGACCCCACCCAAACCGAGGGCAUGUCCAAGGGCACGCACCGGUCCGAAGGCAUGACGCCACUGGAGUCCUUUCGCCGAGAGAUUGCGAGGUCUCCCUGGCGGACGCACGAGCAGAUAGGUCGCAAGUUCGAUGAAACAGCGAAAUCUAUCCAUUUGCUCCUCGAGCAGGCAGAGGAGGCCGUGAAACUGAAGCAGACCGGCAACAAGGCCCUCAAGGAGAAGCGCUACGAUGAUGCGCUGAAGGCUUGGAGGCAUGCGCGUGAAAUCUGGAAGAAGGCAGACGUCAGUGGUCACCAUGUUGCUGUUCUGUGGAGCAACGAAGCCAUAUGUUGCCGCCAGAUGGAAGGCAUGAACUUGGCGGCAGCCAUUCAGGCUUGCGAGGAAGGCUUGAAGCUGUAUGCGCUGCCACAGAUCCGACAGAAGCUGCAGUACAGCUUGGAAGAGGCCAAGAAAGGGCCCAAGGAGAAAUCGCCGGAAGAGGAAAAGAAGCGAGAAGAACUCGUGCAACAGCACAAGGAGAAAAGAGAAAAACAGCAGAAGGAAUGGAAAAGUUUAACAGAAAAAGCAGUCGUUGCGGAAGGAGGUAUCUACGGGGAGGAUGGAAGUGCUCAGCCAGACUAUGUCAUUCCAGGUCCUUUCAUCUGCCCGAUGGAGGAAGCCCAGAAAAUGGGCCUCGGACCGCCUCCGGAGCCAAAGCCAUGGUGGGAGAAGCGAGAUGCAGAUUCUGAUGAGGAGCCUGAAAGGAGGGGGAUCGGUUAUUUGCCCGCUCAUCAUCCAAAUUGGCUCGUGCUCGCAAACUUCUUUCCUACCUGUUUCCAGCUUGCGACGAUUGAGCUUGUCAUCCGUUGCUCUUCCUUCGGCUUCAACAAGACAGUUCUCAAGCAGUUCAGCAAGAGCGUCACGGAGUCCCAGCUUCGUAAGGAUGAUAUGGAGGAGGCCGAGGAAGGAGCCGUGGAGGCGGAUGAUGAAAAUCAGCAGGAUGACGAUGGCACUGUUGCCAGACAGAAGUAUUUCCGCCACGUGAUCUUCUGGUUGCACAUGCAGGACAACAUGAUCAACAUCCCUCUGAUUGUUCAGGACGGCUUCGUCCGCAUGAUGUGCAUCCUUCUGAAGCCCCACGAGGUCGAGGACGUGCUCCACAACCGCUUCACGGCCAAGCAGCGACGCCUGCGCAGCAACGCUGUCAAGCCCACGGACACAGUGUUGUUGCUAAUCAGAUGGUUCACGGAGUACUUCAAGAGAUUCCCAGAUCUUCAUCUCUUUGGCAACCGAAUAUCGCCAGUGGUAGAGGCAAUCGAUGAGCGUGUCACCUACGAGCUGUCGCCUUUCUUUGUGCGGGAUCACAUCUUCCUGCUCUUUACGCAGGUGCUGCAUGCCUACAACAUUCAAAGGACCUGGGGCAAGGACUGGUUCUCCAGCUCCGUGCGCGGAGGACAAGAAGAUCAGCCACCCACCAUCUCUGAGCCGAUCUUUGCGGACUUGGUGCGUCGGCAUGCUUUCGAGCUUGCCGAGAAGGAGGGCGAUGCAGCCGGUGCUCAGGCACAUGGCGACGCAGAGGGAGAAGGCGAUGAUGAUAGAGCCAACAUGACAGACAUCAUCGGCGAGCUGUUUAAGGUAUUGUUCAAGCAACAGGAUUGGGCUGCUGAAGAUUGGGGCGUUGACCAGGAGCUGAUGCAUAUUAUUCGGAUGAUCCUCUCUUUGGGCCUGUGCAAUGCGAGCGAAGUAGAAGCUGCAAAGCAUUGCCUGCAGCGGCUCGGAGUGGGCAUGGAGCAGGACUUCCAGAUAGUUGAACAGACUCGGGGCGAUCCCGACAUUGGAGAGCAGCACGGGGCUGGAGCUGGAUUGGACGAGGAGUCCGAUGAAGAAGGCAACCCUCGCAACCGGUCGCGCGUCGUGGGCUUGCAUCGAGGCUUCGUUGGUCAAGAAGAUGAGAUGUACACUCCAGCUUUCCAGACCCUGAAGCCGCUCGAGGACUUCGGCGGCAGGCUACCCGACAUCAAACGCAAUCCACAGUCGGACACCAGCAUCAAGCAGCAGGAGCGUCUCCAGGACUUUCUGUAUGAGCUGGUGGAGAUGCCAGACAUGGCGCUGGCAAAGUCGCUCCAUGUGGACGUCAAUCUCUGGCGCCGACAGCUGAUCCAGCACCCCACCUUCUUGCUCAGGGGGAGCGAUGAGCGAAUGUGGCACGUCGGAAAGGAGAUCGUGCAGAGACUGCAAGGCUUGAGCUUCAAGCUGACCGCUGGGGAAAAUCUCUUGCAGGAGUUUAGCUGCGAAGUCCAUGUACUUCGACCAGGCGAUGGCAACGUGGCUGGCUUGUCGCUGCAGAAAGACAAACGCAAGGGAAAUGAUGGCCAUCAAUGGAGAGGGCAUGGGACAGCUGGUGAAGGACUUGUCAACAACCAAGUCUACUUCGAGGUCGAAGUCAACGGAAAGGACGUCGUCUUCUUGAAGAACAUGUCCAGCAAUCUAGGCAGAGUGAAGGUGAGAUUGCAGCUGCUGGGAUGCCAUACCGUGACCCUGCGCAGCCGCUGCCUUUUCGACACCGCCGAGUUCCAGCUAGCAGUCUCCAAUCCUCGGAUGGUCGCCCUGACUUCGCCCAAGGCAUUCUCUCCAGAGGUCAUCGUGAGGGCAGCGAAGGUUGGCGCUCAGAGGCAAGCCGAGGCUCUGCGGCCUGUGGUGGCGGGCCAUGAGGAGGAUGCAGAAGAGGAGGCCGGCCAAAUGACCGAGUCCGAUGCUGCUGGGCAAGUGAAUCCUCUAGACGGAUUGGAAGCUGGAGGGAAGAAGGUCAGCAUGGCCAAGCGGGUGAUUCACGAGCUGAUGCCGAAAUUCACAGAGAAGGUCAUUGAUUUGGUGGAGGACCGCUGCUUCAAGUUCGAGAAGCAGUCAAAGGGUCUCGACGAGCGUCUCCUCCAGGCCACCAGGGAGCACGAGCAUGAUUUCAUCAUCGCGAUGCUCAAAAGAUCAGUGUCAUUUGUGAUGCUGGAUGUCUUCCUGGAGAAGCUCGAAGUGGAGAAUGCCGACUUGCUGUAUGUUCAGUAUCCUGCCAUGGUCGAAGUUUACGAAAGCAUUCAGGAAGAUUCCGUGGACCACGACGAGCUGGACGACAUUCCCAGGAUCUUAAAACGGCGCAUUGACGACGGAGGUGUGGAUGAAGAAGGGGUCCGCGAGUUGAUUCCGGCAGAGGCAAGGCUGCUCCUGGUGCAGACGUGGAUCAUGCGCUUGUGUCAUGCAAUCCGAACCGUUGCCUUCCUCGGAAUUCAGCGGAUGGAUAUCCUCAGCGCUACGGAUGGUGUGGAGGACGAGCAGGCUGGGAGCCGUCUGGGCAUGUCUGGGCAUUUUCCUGCAAAGCCCCGCCUUUCGGAGUCUGAUAGGUCCACGGCUGAACGCUUCGCUUCGCGGCUGUGUGGGGAUCUCUUCUUUCAGGAGCUGUUGAGCCGAAACGACGAGAUCGAAGAGCUCUGGGCGAGGUUCGUGGCAUCAAGUUCACAGUGCAUCGUGAACAGUCCGAACGGGAAGAUGAACCUCACUUUUCUGACGGAGAAGGCGACUUUCUUCUGUCCAUUCAGCUACCAACAGGCCUCGGCCUCUUCGGGCGCAGGCUCUCUUGGGAAGCUCAAGAACUUCUUCGAAGAGGCGCAAGUGCCGGAAGUGGACCCACUCAUGCUGGUUUCGGUGCUGCUCUACCAUCCACAGGCAUUGAUGCGUUUGGACGCAUUCAAACUUGGCUGCCGGAUUUUGCGAGAUCCCAACGAGGUCUUGCAGGAGGCAUACAAAUCCCAUACCAGCGACGAGAUGCAUUUGCAAAAGGCUGUCGGAUUUCAGUUCUGCGUCUUCGAGGAUCUCUACAAGCGCGACACCUACACUGAAAACCACAUCGACAUGAUGGCAGCAAUGCUCAAGCUCAUUCAGCAGCUGUGUGAGGGCCAUCUGCAAGCCCUUCAAGAGUUUCUGGGUGCUGAUUACACAGUGGAGGAGCUGGACAUAUUCUCGGCAAAGACUCUUCCAGGCGGAGAAGACGAAGAGGAGCAGAAGGCAGAAGGUCGCCGACACGAGCAAGAGUUGGAGAAGAAGAGCGAACAGCCGACCAACAUCGUGCAGUGGAUCUCCCGGAUGAUCCACAUGAUCUUGGAGAGCAUGCAGGAGGCCACCAUGAACGGGCGGGAGAAGCAAUAUGUCCUUGUGCAGCAGCUGUUCGACACAGCAGCAGAGCUGAUUCAAGGACCGAACCUGGAAAACCAAGCAACGCUGAUGGAGAACGGCAUUUGUGCUGACAUCAAUCUGCUCUGGCGCAUUCUCAGAGCGGAUGAAGGCACCUUCCGGGGCCUGAUCCAGGACAACGAAGAGCUUUUCGAUGCAUGGAUGGAUCUGUUGAGAGUCAUGCGGGCAGCGGAGAUCGCUGCAUUGAAGUUUGCCAUGUCGUUGCUGGAGGAGAUUGAGCUCUCCGAGGAUGACAACGACUUUGCGAAGCAGCAAGAGCAGGUUGUACAACACAAGACGGAGACCCUAGCAAGGAUGAUUCAGGAGCUGCUGGUGUCGUGA